UUAGUAUUACAGAAGUAGAAUGGCAAGAACUUGAGGACCAAUUGCAUAUGGGAAAUGUUGAAGCAAAAGCUGUGAAUAAUGACUCAAGUUUCUGGCCCCAGGGGUCUGGAUUGCAGUGCUGUUCAAGAGUGCCGAAGAAAUGGCUCUCACACCCACAAAUCUAAAUAACGAGAUGUCUCUGCAGAUGAAGAUGGACUGCCAGGAACAAGAGUUGACUGAGAAAAACAAUGGCUUUUUCCAAAAGCUCAAUGUGACUAAAGGUGUAAUGCAGGAUUUGCUAAAGGAAAUUAUCAAAGUGGACUACAUCUUAGACCGAUCAGAUGACGAGGACGACAUUUCCUCCGAAAACCCUCAAACUGACUUCCUUCACAAGGGUGUAUUGGAACUGGAGGCUAAGCAUGACCAGGACCUGGGUAAACAGGAUGAGCAAGAAACAGAUGUGGAUGAGUACCCUCAAGCAUCUACAUCUCUGCAGUUUUCAAAGAAGAACCUCCUUGAAUUGUGCCUGAAGGGCAUGUUCCUCAAGCUAAACUACUGGAAUGCAAAGAUAGGUCUCCAGGUGAAAGAACUUAGAGCUGAUUACAUAGACAGAAUGGACAAAAUUGACAAUAUUAUUUUUAAAAAUGUAACAGAAAACACAGUGAAGAGCUUAUUAAAAGACAUGCUGACCCUGAAGGGUCAAAUUGACAAGCUGGAGGACCGGGGCCUUGACCUUGAUCCAGGGACAAACACUGAGGUGAAUGCUUGUAAUGAAGUUUAUGAAUUAAAGAAGAAAGUCAUGGAAAGUCUGGAGGACCUUUGCAAGAACAUGAAACUGCUGAGUGCAAAGCUGAGGAUGUAUCAAAUGGAGGGAGAGGACACCGAUUCUCACAGUUCUGAAGAAACAGAUAUGGAAGAGAUGGAGACCCUGCUUCCUCAGGCCCCAGCAUCCUUUUUAGUGCAGAACUCUCCUCCUCCCAAUACAGCGUGGAAAUGUGCACUGAGGAUUUUCAUCAUGUUUUAUGUCCUCACCGUCACUGGACUUUUAUGUUACAUACUAUUUUUUGGUGCUACAUUUCUCUUUGAAAGGGUGCUUCUGAGAAUGCUUGGGUGCCACACCACAUGGGACCUACGGGAGAUGAUAGAGCCGUUCUUGAAUUCGGAAGUGGAAACCUUGCUAUCCUCCUAAAGAUACAGAAGAUACUAUCACCCUACUGGCUUUCUCCCCAGUAAAGAUUGUGGCUGUUCCUG